AUGAAUAAUUAUAUAUAUUGGACUAACGUUCGACUCCUUGAUGGUAGCAAUCCUUCAGAAGGACGACUGGAAGUAAAACACAAUAAUGAAUGGGGCACAGUCUGCAGUACCAACUUCGAUGCAUCGGAUGGCCGUGUUGUUUGUCGCAUGUUUGGUUAUGAUACAGAAAAUCCGUCUAUAUAUAUUGGGGAUCAUUUUCAACUGAACGAAAGUAGGACGAUAUGGAUGAACAAUCUAGGUUGCUGGGGAACUGAAGACGAUCUUGGACAGUGUAACUUUUCUCCCUGGGGACUUAAUAAUUGUUCUCAUCAACAGGAUGUUGGUAUAGCUUGUGGUAUCAGUGUACGAUUAAUUGGAGGAGCUUCCUAUAACGAAGGAAGAGUAGAAGUUUACCAUGCAAACGAAUGGGGAACUAUUUGUGAAAAGAAUUUCUCAAAGAAUGAAGGAAUGGUUGUAUGUCGUAUGCUGGGCUUAAAUACUGAAAAUGUAACAGUUGUUUCAUCCUCAACACAUGGCAAUGGAAAUCAGAGUAUCGAGAUCGAAGAUUUAAAAUGUUUGGGAACAGAAUCACAUAUUGCUGCAUGCACAUUUCGUGGUUGGGGCCAUGUGGAAUGUAUCAGCGGGGGCGCAGUCAGUGUUAUCUGUGGAGGAACAAGGAUGCGACUUGCAGGCAGUAUCCGUCCAUCUGAAGGACGCCUUGAAAUAUUUCAUAACAAUGUUUGGGGUACAGUUUGUAGCGACAACUUUGACACACUGGAUGCUGCAACUGUUUGUAAAAUAAUGGGAUAUGAGACUAGGUAUCCGUACGCCAUUGGACAAGCUUUCUUUGGUGAAGGUACAGGAAAAGUAUGGUUGGAUGAGAUAAACUGUAACGGGACAGAGGAUGACAUAUAUAAAUGUGGAUCGAAUGGUUGGGGUCGAACAGAUUGUGGACAUUCAAAAGAUGUAUCAAUUCUUUGUGACACAAUGGUUCGAUUAGCUGGAGGAUCUAAAUCCGCAAAUGGUAGAAUUGAAAUACUUCAUAAUGGACUAUGGGGUACCAUAUGUGAUGCAAAUUUUGACCAGGCCACAGCGACAGUCAUUUGUACUAUGCUAGGUUACAAUAACUCGCAUUUUUGUUAUAGCGAUGCAGUCAUGUAUCCACAUGCUCAAUAUGGACCAGGAACAGGGAAAAUAUUUUUCACCAACCUCCAUUGUGCUGGAACAGAAUUAGACCUAGAAAACUGCAAAUAUUCUACCUGGGAUAACUCACAAUGCACCCAUAACAAUGAUAUGUCAAUAGAUUGUGCUACUCCUGUACGACUGCUUGGUGGACGAGGUCCAUUUGAAGGAACUGUAGAAUUGUAUCAUUUAGGGAAAUGGGGGGAAGUUUGCGAUACCAACUUUGACGUUAAAGAUGCUGAAGUUAUUUGCAGAAUGCUAGGUUAUACAGCCGGAAUACCACGUUUGCUGAACAGUACUGACAGUGGAACAGGAUUAGUUUGGAUUGAUAAUCUUCUUUGUAAUGGAGAUGAAAUAGAUGUCGCUUUAUGCAAAUCGGAUGGUUUUGGAUCGAAAGCAUGCUCCCGUAAUAGAAAAGCAGCAAUAUACUGUGGUCAAGAUAUUCAAGUCCGAAUUCAUGGUGGAAAAGGUUCUUAUGAAGGAAAUAUUGACAUUUUUCCAGGAAACAAAUGGUAUCCUGUAUGUCAAGAAGGUUUUAGCAUGUCUGCUGCUAAAGUGGUAUGCAGAACGCUUGGCUUUCCCGACAGCAAUGAUCCGGAACUACUGAACAGUAGCAAUAGUUAUUUUGUUGACAGUUUAACAGAUUCUGGACAAUUACUCUCUUGUUCUGGAUCAGAAGGAGAUAUCGGACUGUGCAAUUUAAAAGAAACAACAAGCAGGUGUUCACAACAAAUCAUAAGAUGUCCCCGAAUAGCCGUACGACUAGUUAAUGGUAAACAACCAAACGAGGGACUAGUUGAAAUAUAUCAUAAUGGUCAAUGGGGUACAAUAUGUGGUGGAGGAUUUAAAAAAUAUGACGCUAACGUUAUUUGUAGAAUGCUUGGAUUACAUACUGAGGAGCAGGUUUUUCUUAACGAAGAAUUUGGAACAUCAUACGGUCCUGUUAUCCUACAAAACAUUUCUUGUACAGGAAGCGAGAAUGACAUAUCAGGAUGUUUACUGAACUGGAAAGUUAACAAUUGUUCUAACCAAUCUGCUGUUGGUGUUAGAUGUGUGCCAACUCCGAUACGAUUAACUGGUGGAGGUGGCCCAUGGGAAGGACGGAUAGAGGUUUUUCACAACAGUCAGUGGGGUACAGUUUGUGACACAGGUUUUGGAAAUGAAGCAGCUGGAGUUGUAUGCAGGAUGUUAGGAUUUCUUGAUGGUACUACAAACGCAUUUGCUCACAGUACAUCUUUUUAUGGACAAAGCAGGAUGCCUAUUCUUCUUGGUCAAAUAUCAUGUACCGGAACAGAAUUGGAUAUAAACGGAUGCAGAACAAAAGAGUGGGGAUAUCAUUCGUGCGACAACAACCAUGAAGCCGGAGCAUUGUGCAGAGCAACGAAUAUGAGACUUUCUGGAGGAUCACACACGAUGGAAGGACGAGUUGAAAUAAAGAUCGAGGGGACAUGGUCAACAUUGUGUGAUGAAGAAUGGAAUGAUAAUGAGGCAACAAUUAUCUGUAAAAUGUUAACAGAAUAUCCCUUGAAUCGCUUCGUUCACGGCAAAGCAUUCACAAACAGUUAUUUUGGAGAAGGCAGUGGUACGGCCAUGUUAUCAAAUCUUAAAUGCAAUGGAACAGAAGUAGACUUAUUACACUGUUCAAUGAAAAGAGGUGGGCGUCCACAUUGUGACCACUCUCAUGAUGCUGGAGUGUCUUGUUCACUUAAUUCCACAACAUAUAUCAAUGGCAACAACAAAUAUAGAGGCACCAUACAAACGCAUGUUGGUAAUUUCUCUGGUAGCAUUUGUGGAAGAAAUGUUCACGAUAUUUUGGGAACAGUUUUAUGCAACAGUUUAGGAUACUGGAUGAACACAGCAAUACUCUACAAAAAUGCAUGGUUUGGUCAAGGACAUGGAGUAUCAUUUGAUCUACAGACAGAAUGCUCGGGAAAAGAAUCAAAGAUUUUCUUUUGUCCUCUAAAGAAUACAUUCGGAAAACAAAACUGUCAGCAUACUGAGGAUGUAGGUGUUCAGUGUGUAGCCACACCACUAGGUCUUGAUAAAAUUAGACUAACUCUUGGUCAAUCAAAAGGCAAUGGUAGACUUGAAAUAAAGUAUAACGGAAAAUGGGGCACAGUGUGUUCCGAACAAUGGACAUCACAGAACUCAAAAGCCGUUUGCAGAAUGUUGGGUUACCAAAAUCGUACCAUUGAGACAAACACGAUACAAAGGAAUGACACAGCUGUUGUUCUUGGAUCUUUAGACUGUCUUGGAAUUGAAAAUGAUAUCGGAUUCUGUAAAGGUGACAUCGAUAAGUCGCAAUGUAAUGAUGACAUCGUAAACAUUGACUGCUCAGGGGGAAACGAAGUUAGACUUUCCGGGGGAUCGUCACCAGCUGAUGGUCGAAUCGAUUUAAAAGAGAAUGAACAGUGGGGAAGUCUGUGUGACAAUAAUUAUGGACUCUCAGAAUUGCAAGUGCUUUGCAAUACGAUUGGGUACAGGGACACAUUUCCCUACUUAUAUCACUUGCCUUCCUUAGAAAUGCAUCGGUCAGCGUUUGGAGUUGAUCAGUUGACAUGUAGCGGAUUGGAGGAUCAUAUAGCUCAGUGUCAAAUUUCAAAAACAGCAUCCUGUCAUCAUCGUUACGCUCAUUUAAAAUGUUUUGAUUGUGUACAACAGUAUUACUCUGCAACUGGUACUGUCAUGUCUGAUAACUAUCCUGGUCGUUAUAAUCCGAAUACAGAUUGUUUGUACAUCAUACAACCACCUCCAGGUCUGUACAAACUAUCAGUUGAUGUCUUUCAAAUGGCAGACACAGGUGAUUUCCUCCAGAUAAAAGAUUCACCCUUUGGAAAAGAACUAGGAAAAUAUUCCGUGUCAUCAUAUAUUCCUGUGGCCUUAUCCAAUCAGUUUUGGAUAAGAUUCAAGACAAAUGGGCAGAGAUCAGCAAGAGGUUUCAAACUCCAUUGGUCUCCAUUUGAUUUCAAAGAUCUGUUGUCCCUGAACUGUGAAGUGAAUAGAUGGGGAGCAGCAAUCAACAUCACAUUAUUAAAAAUGGCAAACCUACAAGUCAAUUACUCUGACAUAUACAUGAUGGAUCCUGACUGUUAUGGACAAAUAGUUGGUGACAAACUUCUGUUUAAUCAGCCGUAUAAUGAAUGUGGGUCAACCAAAAAUAUAUCCCAUUUCUACAUUACUUUUCAAAACAACAUAACAUUUAUAUCAGAGGGUGUUACACAUGAAAUUCCUUUAGAGUGUCAACUUUUUAAGGAUGACAGAAUCCUUCAUUACCAUCAGAUCGAUGGAAAUUUAGAAUUAGAUGAUGACAACGCAAAUGGCUCUGAAAAAAGUUUAUUUCAUGUCGACCUGUACUAUGAUUCUGAACUGACACAAACGGACGACAAACAGUUCAGUGGAAAAUUUGUGUACAGAAUAGGUGUAAAUGAGGACCACUACGAUCACUAUCUUUCUUUAACCCACUGCUUUCUCACUAUGAAGAAAGAUGGAUUGGAUGAAACAUUGUUAAUUGUAAAAAACUCAUCACCUUUAAUGGAAAAUGUACUCGUCAGAUACCUUGCAAAUGAUGUAAUUGUGUUAGAAGUACAAGUUUCAGACAAUGUUUCUAAUAAUCUAGAAUGUGAGGCCGCUUGGAAGUUAUAAUAAUUGUAUUCAAUAAAAUUCGUUGAAAAAUGAUAA